CCAAGUCCUCAACAAGCAGUAGUUGGGUGGAGGGUGGGGCUGGCUUUCUCAUGGCUGUGGCUAGGGCAUUCCGGUUCACCAGGAGUGUUCCUUUGUCCUCUCUUCUUCCUCUCCUCCACAGUCAAACCCUCCCCCCUACCUUCCCUGAACUUCCCUUCUGAAAAUGUCCGGAUGGCACAGCAAUGAUCUGGGCAGAAAUGAAAUUUUGCUAAUAAGCAGCCUCCGCAAGAAAUCCUGGAACAGUGACACUGCUGAAACUGCUUAGUUUAGCUUGUCUACGGGGAACGCACAAGAACUUCCCAACAGUACUCAAGAGGAUAAAAAAAAAAUCCUUUUUUUGUUCUCCUUUUCUUCUUGAUUCUCUGUUUUCUUUCUGUUUUGAGGGAGGUAGUUUUAGGAGACAUAGCUGCAUUCUGGUGUGGUGUCAAGUUUUCCGUCGGGAGACAAUAAUGUACAUUCCUCUGGCAGGACGGGAUGGGUUUUUUUUUUUUUUUUUUUUUUUUGUUUCUGUUGCUGUUGUUUAUUUAUAAGACAUUUCCUCUUAGUUAGUGGAAGUUAGAUCGUAAGAGGCUCCAGUGAUUUUCCUUCCACCUCCCCUCCCUAAUUUCUGUGCUUCAGCACUCUGGAACACUGUGAACUCGACAAACUAAUCAGAGCAGGGAGCUUAGCAGCCAGGCCUGGACACUCUCAAGAGACUGUGCUGAUUCUCAGUCGACACUCCUUGGAUCAGGAACCACAGUCUUGCAGUGACUGGCACUUUUCCUCCAUGCUUUGCGAGAAAGAGAAUUGGUUGGAAUAAAACCUUGCUUUCCAUAUGGUCGACUUGAAAUACUGCAUAGAAAAGUUCCUUGACCAUCAGUCUGUGGCCUACCCCUUCUCUUUAUAUGCAGUCACUCUCCGUCCCCUGCCCCAAUGAACAUCUGCACUAGGCCCAAGGCUUGGAGUGAUUUACCUGAAGAGUGACACCAUUUAUUUGGAAACUACUAUGAGGAAACUGAAGCCCAGAGAGGUGAAGUGAGGUGCCCAAGGCCACACAGCAAGUUAGAGGCACAGCUAGUACCAUAGCUCAAGUCUCCUGACUCCCAGUCCAGUGCUCCUCCCAUUACUCCACGGGUCCUGUCUCUAAGCUUCCUGACAAAUGCUAGAACGGAAGAAACCCAAGACAGCUGAAAACCAGAAGGCAUCUGAGGAGAAUGAGAUUACUCAGCCGGGUGGAUCCAGCGCCAAGCCGGGCCUUCCCUGCCUGAACUUUGAAGCUGUUUUGUCUCCAGACCCAGCCCUCAUCCACUCAACACAUUCACUGACAAACUCUCACGCUCACACCGGGUCAUCUGAUUGUGACAUCAGUUGCAAGGGGAUGACCGAGCGCAUUCACAGCAUCAACCUUCACAACUUCAGCAAUUCCGUGCUCGAGACCCUCAACGAGCAGCGCAACCGUGGCCACUUCUGUGACGUGACGGUGCGCAUCCACGGGAGCAUGCUGCGCGCACACCGCUGCGUGCUGGCUGCCGGCAGCCCCUUCUUCCAGGACAAGCUGCUGCUGGGCUACAGCGACAUCGAGAUCCCGUCCGUGGUGUCGGUGCAAUCGGUGCAAAAGCUCAUUGACUUCAUGUACAGUGGCGUGCUGCGUGUCUCACAGUCGGAAGCGCUUCAGAUCCUCACGGCCGCCAGCAUCCUGCAGAUCAAAACAGUCAUCGAUGAGUGCACGCGUAUCGUGUCACAGAAUGUGGGCGAUGUGUUCCCGGGGAUCCAGGACUCAGGCCAGGACACGCCACGGGGCACUCCUGAGUCAGGCACAUCGGGCCAGAGCAGUGACACCGAGUCGGGUUACCUGCAGAGCCACCCACAGCACAGCGUGGACAGGAUCUACUCCGCACUGUACGCGUGCUCCAUGCAGAACGGCAGCGGCGAGCGCUCCUUCUACAGCGGUGCGGUGGUCAGCCACCACGAGACUGCGCUCGGCCUGCCCCGCGACCACCACAUGGAAGACCCCAGCUGGAUCACGCGCAUCCAUGAGCGCUCACAGCAGAUGGAGCGCUACCUGUCCACCACCCCCGAGACCACACACUGCCGCAAGCAGCCCCGGCCUGUGCGCAUCCAGACCCUGGUGGGUAAUAUCCACAUCAAGCAGGAGAUGGAGGAUGAUUACGACUACUAUGGCCAGCAAAGGGUGCAGAUCCUAGAGCGCAAUGAAUCCGAGGAGUGCACAGAAGACACCGACCAGGCCGAGGGCACCGAGAGUGAGCCCAAAGGCGAAAGCUUUGACUCGGGUGUCAGCUCCUCCAUAGGCACCGAGCCCGACUCCGUGGAGCAGCAGUUCGGGCCUGGGACGGUUCGGGAUGGCCAGGCUGAACCCACCCAACCUGAGCAGGCUACGGAAGCCCCUGCAGAGGGUGGCCCACAGCCCCACCAGCCAGAGACAGGUGCCUCCUCUCCAGAAAGAAGCAACGAGGUGGAGAUGGACAGCACAGUCAUCACUGUCAGCAACAGCUCCGAUAAGAGUGUCCUGCAGCAGCCUUCAGUCAACACAUCCAUUGGGCAGCCAUUGCCAAGUACCCAGCUCUACUUACGCCAGACAGAAACCCUCACCAGCAACUUGAGGAUGCCUCUGACCUUGACCAGCAACACACAGGUCAUUGGCACAGCCGGCAACACCUACCUGCCAGCCCUCUUCACUACCCAGCCUGCGGGCAGCGGCCCCAAGCCUUUCCUCUUCAGCCUGCCACAACCCCUGGCAGGUCAGCAGACCCAGUUUGUGACAGUGUCCCAGCCCGGCCUGUCGACCUUUACUGCACAGCUGCCAGCGCCACAGCCCCUGGCCCCAUCUGCAGGCCACAGCACAGCCAGUGGGCAGGGCGAAAAAAAGCCUUAUGAGUGCACUCUCUGCAACAAGACUUUCACCGCCAAACAGAACUACGUCAAGCACAUGUUUGUACACACAGGUGAGAAGCCCCACCAAUGCAGCAUCUGUUGGCGCUCCUUCUCCUUAAAGGAUUACCUUAUCAAGCACAUGGUGACACACACAGGAGUGAGGGCGUACCAGUGCAGUAUCUGCAACAAGCGCUUCACCCAGAAGAGCUCUCUCAAUGUGCACAUGCGCCUCCACCGGGGGGAGAAGUCCUAUGAGUGCUACAUCUGCAAAAAGAAGUUCUCCCACAAGACCCUCCUCGAGCGACACGUGGCCCUGCACAGUGCCAGCAAUGGGACCCCUCCUGCAGGCACACCCCCAGGAGCCCGCGCUGGCCCCCCAGGGGUGGUGGCCUGCACGGAGGGGACCACUUACGUCUGCUCCGUCUGUCCCGCAAAGUUUGACCAAAUUGAGCAGUUCAACGACCACAUGAGGAUGCACGUGUCUGACGGAUAAGUAGUAUCUUUCUCUCUUUCUUAUGAACAACACAAAAGAAACAAACACACACAAAAAAAAGCUAUGGCACUAGAAUUUAAGAAAUGUUUUGGUUUCGUUUUUACUUUCUUGUUUUUGUUUUUGUUUCGUUUCAUUUUGUACUACAUGAAGAACUGUUUUUUGCCUGCUGGUACAUUACAUUUCCGGAGGCUCGGGUGAAUAAUAGUUUUCCCAGCCUCCCUCGGAUGGUGGCCUUAAGGCCUGGUAGUGCUUCAGGAGGUCCACUGGUUGGAUCUCUAGCUACUGGCCUCUAAAUACAACCCUUCUUUACAAAAAAAUAUUUUAAAAAAAGUAAAAAAAAAAAAAUUUUUUUUCACUUGUGAAGAGCACUACAAAAAUAUAUAACAAAAUCUAAAAGGCCGACUGUCUUUAAGUACACCGCUUGCAGUGUUUCAGUGGACAUUUUCACAAUUCUGGCCGCUUGGACUUCACAGUAACCAGUUAAAACUGUGGAAUGUCACUUCUGGUUGAAAACCCAGAGGAAAGGCCCUGCUGUUUUCCACCUACCACAAUGUCUGAUUCCGUAAAAGGGCUGUGGAGGCGGGAGGGGGCAGUGGGUUUGGUGAUGUGGGAAAGGCGAAUGGCAGGCAUCUCCCCAGAUUCUGCUUGGGUCCACACACCCUGGCCCACCUCCUCCAUGUCCCCCCUAUCAGCAGAAGCCAGGAAGACUCGGACAAGCAUCAAGCAACAGUGGCUAUCGUAUUUAUUCAGUGUCUUCGCUGAGCCACAGCCUCAGCACAAUCAAGAGGGACUUUCAUGAAAGGCAGGAAUGCAGAUAAAACAAAGAUAUCAGAGGUUUGCACCUACGUUUCUAGGUACAAGAGAAGGAUUAUUUCCAACAAUCUUUGCAAAAAACAAAAACAAAAAAAGUCAGGAUAUAUUCUUGUGGAAGAGAAAAAGAAAGAGGAAUGGAGGGUGGGGGGAAUAAUGAAAAGUUCUUGAGGCUUUUUUAAUUCAAAAUUUUAUAGAGGGGCAAAAGUGACGUUUACCAGAUAGAAUGCUGAUUUUUUUAAUAUAUUUACAACAGUAUUUGUGUAAAAAAACAAAAAAAAGCGAGAUUGUUAAAAGUAAUUUGUUUUCCAUUUUGAUUUUGCAUACACUGCCACCAAUCCCUUCUCUUUUAUUUUAUUUCACACACAUAUAUAUAUUUUUUGGUAAGUCAAGACUGUUAAGGUUAGCGAUACUGCUUCCAGAUAGAAAGAAUAAAAGGCAAUUAUAGUUAUAUUUGAAAGAGAGGAAGGAUAUUUUCUUCAUAUUUUUUUUAAUUUUUCUUAAUUUUUAUUAUUUUAAGUAUUGCCUGGGUUGAUGAGGGCCGCUGGGGCCCGCCCACCCCUGCUGUAAUUUGAACUGCUGCUUUGUAUUUGAUAUGUAGUUCUUUGACUUUUAGCAAGCUUAGGUUGCUCCACUGAAUAUUGUUUUCAACUGAUCCGUUUAGAAUUCUGUUCUUUUUCAUGAGAGGGACUUGAACUUUCAGAAAUAGAUUUCUUCGUUCUCUAAAAGUUCAUUGAUUCUAAGGUUUCUAUUGACUUGACUUUUUUCUUUGAUGAAACACUAGUGGUUUAGAGGUCUUGACAAAGGGGUUCUUUCCCUUUGUGUUCAGCCUGGAGGAGGAGUUCACAAAACUCUGCCGUAGCUCCUCACCCUUCACAACUACACAGAGCAGAGAUAUCAGAAGCCUGUUACAGAGCAGGACGCCUUGAUGCCAAAAUUACUUUCUUCCUUCCAAAUAUUACCUUCCAACCAUUUCCACCAUGGUUGAGAGGGCGAAGUAAGGUGAUCGUUCUUUAGCUGAUUUAUUCACCCUUGCUUUUUGGAAAGGUUUUAAAGAAAGGAACAAAAUUUCCCAGAUGCCAACAUCCAUCAUUCAAAGGCCACCAAUCCACUGCAUCGUCUUAGGUGCCACUCUCUCUUCCUAGUUGGGAUUUCUCUCCUCGGUCCUGAUCAAGGUAUUAUAGUAGAGAUUUUUCCAUUUAUAGACAGUGUCCGGAAGGGAUUCCAAUUCAAAUGUAGAAUUCUUUAAGCCUAUCAAAAACGCCAAAGGUGAUUACAUUGCUGGGCAUAUGUUUAACACACUUAAGGGGAAAAUUAAAACUUUAAACAAAGCAGAAACACCAAACUAGAAUUUUAAAGAGAAGAAAAUAGAAUAUUUUAGUUUUAAAAUUACUUUGUAUUUUAACUAAUUUUUCUUUCAGCAACUUAUUUUCAAAAACUGUGUAGAAAGGAAAAGUCUUCCACGGGAAGCAACUCUGUGAUGACUACAUUGGUUUUACCCGUAUAUUUUGGACUUUUGAUUAACUCAGAUCUUUUCCAGAAGUUCUUGGUGAUGUUUAGUAGGGUUAGCGCAACUGGAGUAUGUGUGAGUUUGAUUUAGUCCUGUGGUCCUUAAUUCAGUAAAUAUCUUGCUAGAAGUUUUAAUGUACUUUUGGAUGGUUAAUUGACGGUUGAAUGUCACCCAUCAUGAUUUCUGAGGGGAGUCUUGCCAAGAAUUGUGUGUCCAAAAUUGGCCUGUUUUAAAAGUAAAAAACAACUUCAGAAAUAAGAAAGUGUCUAUUUUUCUCUUGCAAAUUUGGCUUUUUAAAAUAGCAAUGUUGUAAGACUCCCAUAUUUCCACUUAAUACCAACAGAGGGAGCAUUAGUUAAUUAACCAUGACUUGGAACUCUUUCGAUAUUUUGAAAACAAGUCAUUCAACCCACAAAAUAAAAAAGAAAAAAUUGACAUUAAAAGAAAAAAUUGUUUUACUCUAGAGGGAAAUGACACGAUAGCACCCAGCAUACACUAUAAACGAACAAAGGCCAAAAGCCACUUUAAAAUAUUUCCAAUUAUUUGACAGUAGCUUUUAAAAUAGUGUCCUUAUUUAAACCUUAGCAAAGUAGACAGAAUUCAUAAUACCUCCAGAAGACUUGAUCCUGGAUGCCCUUAUGGGCCACAUUUAGCUUUCUGAUUCUCAAAUUCAAAGGAGACCCAUUUGCCUUAAUGCUGAUUUGCCGUGUAAAAAGCUAAGCAAUUGGGUUAAAACCCACCUUUUGUUAUGGAACAUGUAGGAGAAAAAGUUCCCACUGGGCUUGAAAGCCUAAUUAUCAUUCCUUUCCUUCAAAGGAAGCAUCUCUUUUUUAAAAAUGUUGGAGGAUCCCUAAGGAAUUUUUGGUGAGGUGAAGUUAUCAUUAUGACGACAUGGACCGUCCAGGUUUGCAUAGCUGUAGACUUUUCUACAUGUCUUCUUGUGUGUCUGUUCCUCCCAAACAUCUCACAGCCUAACAUAGUUGACAGAUUGUUCUCUGGACAGAGGAAGAAGCUAGAAUGGAGUGGAAGAUCUAGUCUGAAGGAGCAGUGUAACCACUGCGAGGCCAUUGCCAUAAGUUUUGGCCUCCGAAAGGGCAGCUUUCCAGACUGACCUACAUUUUAGAAAAUAAACCAGUCAUACUGAUUUCAGAAGGAUAGAGAUGCUUUUAGGUUGUCAAUCUUUACUUUUAAACAAUCACGAAUGUCUUAGGAAAUUGGAAACAUUUUGUUUCAAGAGUAGAAAAUGGACAUGAAUCCUUUUAUUUCUUGACUUCAAAUCUAACAAUCGCCUUGAAUUUAGUACUUCAUGCUAGGGUGCUACAAGUGCUAAGAAAAUUUUUGUCAGUAGCCAGGGGAAAAUGAAUAGGGAAAAUGGAAGCAAAUGUUCCAGAUUUAACACCUCUUAGGAUGAGUAUGGGAUGAGUACAAGAACUAAUGUGGGUAAUAACAUUUUUAAAGCAAUUUAUGAUUUUAAACUGGGUCAGCUGAACAAGCAUAAGGGAAAAUGUCAAAGAGGAAUAUGUAUCUCAAGGCAUUUAUAUACAGUUUUGAAGAAGAAAAUUUCCUAGCACUGAAACCUUGGUAGCAUCUCAGCAUAGUGGACAAUUUCCCCCCUAUUAAAUGCCAAUAUUUGUACCCCCCCCCCCGCCAAACCCCAAAUGUGUAAAACAUAGCCCUAAAAGGAAGGAAUUGGAACAGAUGGAUCUGAAUGAGAAAUAAACGUCCACCCAAAAAAUCUGAAAUAAUUGUAGAUCAAAAUGUUUUUUACUAUAUAUUUUAAUUGAGUUGUAAACUUUAGCUCCUAAUAAGAGUUUUAUAGACUUUCUCCUCCCCAGAUUUCUAGUGCUCUGAAUCUGUUUGGGCCAUGAGAAACUCUGGUGGAUAAUUGCCUGCUAUGUUCCAGCUGCAGUCCAUUUCUUUUCCUAGGCAUCCGGGAGGUCACACUAGCUCCUGGUCUUAGAAAAAACAAAUUGGAUUUGCUUUGUUUAGAAGUCAUAGGGGUUUUAUUUUGUAUCAUCCCAAUAUUCUACCAGGAUCAAGAAAACCCUUUCCCAACAUGUGAACAGCUGGAAUCUGUGCAUUCUUACGUGAACAGAGAAAAGGUUUCAUCUGUGUGUGUUUGUUUCACCCAAGUCCUAAUGGCCUCACCUACAUGUACUUCCAUCAUAAAAGCAAACCAAUAGCAUGUGCCCAGCCCAUGCCCCAAAUCAGUGUUUUCCCUCAGCACAGAAGUUCAGAAUAAGGCAUGCCCCUUAUAAAUCCCUCAGAUCCCCAAGGGAAUAUAGCAAAGGUUCAUGUUGCUUCCUAGUGUGGCUCCCAUAAUGCUCUCAACACCUGUUGCCCUUAGGAAAGGGGGCAAUGAAGUAGUUCUGGCCAUCCUUCAUACUGGAUGUGCCCAUUCUGGAGCCUUUCUCUGUUGUUACAGAUGUUAUUUAAUCAGUUGGGGCUGGGAGCAAAGGAUAUGUGACUCUACAGCAAAGGUAUUAGAUAACCCAUCUGCCUCUACUAUAGCCAGUGUGCUGCUCUAGCAAAAAGAAACAAAACAAAGGUGCAACCGUAAAAGCAGACACAACCCGAGAUGCCCUUGGGAUUUAGGAUAAUGGGAGAGUGCCGUUUGUGUUGUGACCUGACUCUUAAAAGAAAUCUUCUGAAAGAAUUCUUUAAUUUAAGACUGAGUUGAAGUCCAGGGUAAUGGAAGCCCUGGGGAAGAGAACAAAAGGAUUGCAGAAUGCAUUCAGCACCCAAUAAUACAAAACCAAAAACAUCCCAUCACAACACUAGGAAGUUUGGCAAGAGGCAUUUAGAGAAAUCUCUGCGCUUUUCCAUGGGUAGGUCGACAGACUUCCUUUUGAGUGAUUUCUGGCUGUGAGAAACCUCUUUACUCACUAGAAAAGAACGUUAUUUAAUUGUGUCCCCCAGAAAGAAAUUUAAAGAGGAAAGAAAAAUAGGAUACUAAAGACAGAACCAUGUGACUCAUUGACAAACAAAAAGAAGGGCGCACUGGAAUUUAAAUAGAGCCCCUAAUUCCAUAGAGAAAGCAAGGCAGCCCAACUCCUCUCCAUCUGCAGUGAAGAGAGUUCCCGAGCUGACCAGGCCACCGGGCUGCUGAGGCUAGGCAUGACUUCCCGAUCGGGAUGGCCACAGCGCUUUCUGUUUGCACAAAGAAAAGGGCUGUUGUCUUAGGUGCCCAGGAAGUAAGAUUACAUGGGGCAAACUUUCAGAAGCAAUCUCCACCCCCAGCCUCAGGUUGCAUAUGGAGACAGAAAAGAGACACAGAAGUGCCCUUGCUCUGGAGAAAGAAUAGUUUCAUGUUGCCAAGGGCCCUCUGUGUAGAGUUGCCAUUUCAGCCCCCACAAGAGGAAAAGCUCUCGUGACUCAGUGUUCCUGCAGACACGGACCGUGGAAAUCAGUAACCCAAAGCAUCAUUUCUGGAACUAGGUGUUAAAAUGCUUAGCCUGGCCAAAAUAACCCAAAGAUUUUUCUAAGCGUCUGAACAUUGUUUCCUCCUUGGACGCUAAAUCCAUAGUGGUCAGUGGUGUACAUUAACAGAUCCCGGAAAAUGGCGAGAAACGCGAGGGUUGGUUGAUUCUUUUUAG